AGCAGCGGUUGGCCAUUGUUUCUCUCCCUGACAACAAGGAGGUAAAUCCUUGAACAGGCUAUUAAAGUGAGGAACAUGCGCUCACUUAUCGGACUUAUCGCUGUCGUUGUUGCGGCCACCUUCUACCUGUAUUCGCUGUCCUUGUACCUUCCCGCGGGACCACGACGACGUCCUGAUCCAGCUGCUGAGACCCAACAUGUGGACCUGGAGGAGUCCGAGCAGCCCGCUGACAGCUCCGAGGAGCUCAGCAGGUUGAAGUUUCCUUCAGACUUGGAGGAUCUGAGAUCUCUGGCUGAGUUGCUGCAGUUUUACAAGACUGAGCACACUGGUUAUGUCCUACUGCUCUUCUGUAGUGCAUAUCUCUACAAGCAGUCCUUCGCCAUCCCUGGAUCCUCAUUCCUGAAUAUUCUGGCAGGAGCUAUAUUUGGACCAUAUCAAGGACUGCUGCUUGCCUGUUUGCUCACCACUGUGGGCUCCACCAUGUGCUACCUCCUGUCCCAGGCUUUUGGAAAACAAUACAUCAUGAACCUCUUCCCUGAUAAAGUGUCCAUGCUGCAGAAGAAGGUGAAGGACAACAAGGACUGUUUGUUCUUCUUUCUGCUCUUCCUGAGAUUCUUCCCCAUGUCUCCCAACUGGUUUCUGAACAUGUCUGCCCCGAUCAUCGACAUCCCCAUCACCUUCUUCUUCUGCUCAGUCUUCAUCGGCCUCCUGCCGUACAACUUCAUCUGCGUGCAGACCGGCGUCAUGCUAUCUGAGGUGUCCUCCCUGGAUGACUUGUUCUCCUGGGAGCGGCUCCUGCAGCUGCUGGCCAUCGCCUGCAUGGCUCUGCUGCCCGGGGCCCUCAUCCGACGCUUCAGUCAAAAGAGGCUCAAACUGGACGUCCAGAUGCAGAACGGGCUCAUCGAGGACAAGAAAGUCAAGUGAUCAAAUCUUUGGAGUUAAUCUGUUCCAUUUGAUUCUGACUGGACUGAAUGUAUUUAAAGAGAAGACUUGGUGCACUCUUCUUUUAUGUGAGUGCUUCACUUUUGUGAGGUAAAGAGGGAUUGCAGAGAGAUUUGAAGCCAAGUAUUGUGUGUUACCAAACAUCGGUGUUAGUAUGCUGCUGCUCCUGUGGGCUCAGCCUGCACAGUGAUUGUUUAAAGGUGUCUGAAUGUAGAGCAUCAUGGGGACAAAGGGAGGAUUUAAAGGUAGUGGUACUUUUUCAGUGUUAAAGCUCUUGGUUUAAGUGCCUGUUGUGCAGUGACAGAUUCUGUUUCUAAAUUCUACCUCUGUGAUGGAUUUGCUGAUGUUAAUGUGAACAUGCUAAAGCUGUGGUCACACUACAGGAUAUUUUUUUUUGCAAGAUUUUACCCAUGAUUCCCACUUGGGCAAAGUCUACACCAGUCUGCACUAGUCGGGGACGUCAGCAUGGCUAGUUGGCACAAAAAUCUGUUAGUGCGUGACAGGAACACACCCAAAGACCUCAGCCGCAGUCAUUCAAACGUGUGAAUCUGGACACAGUCGGUAGCGUGAACUGAUUAUGGACCCACCUGCAAACGGCCAACAGCCGGAGGGUUGGACACAGGAAGUAGCGUUGGUCAGUUGGUUUGAUGAACCCUGUAGUCCAGGGGUGUCCAUACUUUUCCAUUGGGGGCCAGAUACAGAAAUAUAUAAGGAUGGUGGGGCCACUUUUAUAGAUCUCACUUUGAUAUUAAAGUUAGUAAAACCAGUCUAAUGUGGUUAAGAUAUGCUUAGUGAUUGGGUGUGGAUAAACGGCUAGUUAAUGGCUAACAAGGCAAAUGGCCAGUCAUUUUAAGGGUUCUGGGGAGGCCAAUCAGAUUUCAGGGGGCCCUGGUCAGCUCUGGCUAUUACCUGCUGUAAUCCAUUAAGGCAUUCUAAAUCAAGAUAUCUUUGUUUUUGUGGUUGCCAAUAGGGAUGCACGAUAUUGCCAAUAUUCAAUAUGCUGAUAUUUUAAAACUCAUUUUGGCCGAUACGAUAUUUAAUUACAUUUUUUCCACUGUAAA